GUAAGGAGGAGGAUGAAAAUCCACACCCCUUUCGGUUACGGCAUCGUACCGGAACGCUAAAUCGCUCGGCGGUACGUCUUUGCCGGUAGGGUGGUAACUAGCCACGGCCGAAGCCUUCCACCAGCCAGACCUGGUCCAAUUAAGAAAACCUCCAAUCCAACCCAGGACCUCCUUCUUGUAAAUCCACCGCGCAUACCACUGCGCCACGGAGGUCAUCAAAAACAUAAUUAUAAUAAAUAAUAAAUUUGUAAUAAAAACAAGCAUAUCUAAAAGAAAAAUAGAUACUAUUCUUCUAACGAACGAACAAACAGCAAAACAUCGAUCCAUUAAUUUAAUAUUCUGUGUACAGAUUAUAUUAUUUUUGUUAAAUAUUUUAUUAUUUAUUUUUGUUAAAUAUUAUCGAUGACUGAGUUUACCUCGUACCCUUCAAAAACGACAGACAAUUUUGUUGCUGCAUUUGGGUGCGAUCCAUUUCCAUUUCUAAUUCCUCUAUGUUAAAUAUAUAGAGUUUGCACAAAAACAAUACAAACGACAUAAAAAGAACCCAAGCAGACAUGAGUCACAAACCAUUAUGAAAAAUAAAGAUAUUGAGUUUUAUGGGUAUUAAAUGUGCAUUUAUAAAAUUAAAUUAUAACUUUAAUUAUUUUAUAAAUGUCGUAUUUUCAUAUCAAAAGAAGAAAGAAGUUGUAAUUAAAACGAUGAUUUCUUUUAUUUUAAUGUGAAUUUAACCUUUCAUUUAUUGCAGAAUUACCAUAUACUAUGAUAAUUUUUUUGAUUUUGUAUUAAUAAGUGAAAGAAGAUUUGACAUUUGACAGUUCACACUUCACAGCACAGAACACUACUUUAUUUGCUGUCUAUGACUAAUACUCCUACUUAUAUAUCAGUAUUCGUUAAUGAUUCUUUAACUAAAUCCAGUCUGUCGUGCGUAUUUUCUUCCCUUGUAAUUUUUGUUAUUUCGUUUUGUUCUCGUUUCGUUGUUAUUGUUAAUUAUAGUUUAUUUGUUGUUUGUUUACUGUUUUUACCCGACUGCAAGAAGGGUUAUGUUUUUCGCGCGUAUCUUGUAUGUAUGUAUGUAAUAUUCUUUAUUACCUCAUAUCUUCCAAACCGUUGAACGGAUUUACGUAAUUCAGAUAACGUUAGAUUUGUUUUAAUAACCCAAGUGUUCUUAGAUAGGUGAAAUUAGAAAAAAAAAACCAACAAGACGACUGUGAGACGCUAUAGAAUCGGGGUGAAGUUUUUUUUUUUGUGAAUAUUUCAACAUGCGAAUCAAAUUCAAGGGAUUUUUGUGAGAAUUUCAAAAUAGUAUAUCAUGGCCAUGUUAAAAAAACUACAAUUAGGAAAACGUUAUUUAUUAAUUCUAAUAUUAAUUAAGUCUAUACAUAAUACGCGAGGCGGACGACUAUAAGGUGCGGGGUUUAUGAAGUGUAGUUAUAAAACACCUAAAAUAGACUAAAAGAAAUAUAUUGAUUAUAAAAAUCGGACAAGUGCGAGUCGGAUUCGGCCACCGAGGGUUGCGUAGAUUUUUUGAAUAUUUACUUAAUUUCGGUUGGACUUAGGUAUACAUUAUCGUACUUUGUAACAAACGUAACCAAUAAAUCCGAAAUUCACCAUCCAUCGUAACUAAAAAGUGUGAAAUAAAUUAAUUAAUUAAACAAAUAUAAAAACCCGGCAUAAAUGAUAUAAAAAUUGAUCAAACUAAAGUCGGGACCUAAUAAAAAAUGUAGACGAAAUUCUAUUCAAUAUAAUAGGUCCCGACUGUUUUCUAAUUGUUUUCUACACUUCUGGACUGAGCUUUUUUUUUCUUUUCAGUUUUUUUAUCAUUUAUGCAGUCGGGUUUUUUAUCAGUUUAAUUAAUUAAUUUUAUUUAGUUUAGUACGAAAAUUAGUGAACCGGAGCCUGGUACUAGCCGGAGCAGUUAUUCCGCGUUGCUAUUGUUUCCGUCACCAAAAAAGAAACGUACGAAUCAAUCACCCUUAUCGUCCUCCGAGAAAACCGUUUUGAUUAAUGUGUUUAAAUAUGUCGAGGAAACCUUAUGCUUGCUUCUACAUAAUAAAGAAACAAAACUAUAAGAGUUCUUUAUUGCCUACGGAACCCUUAAUAUAAGUGAAGCAUUAUCUGUUUGAUAAAUAACAGGAUAUAUUAUAUAGGAAUAUAAAAUUAAAAAAAUAUUUGUUUACCACAGGAAGUUUUAUUUCAUGAUAAUAUUCGUAAAUAAUGAUAAAAUGUUGAGCAAACCUGAGUCAGCUGUUUUUGUUUGUUUACAUAGUUUAAAAUACCUACUCAAUCUGACUAUAGGUAUUGAAAACUUUAAGCAAAUUACUCGUACUGCUCCGACUAAUCGAUCUCUCGCAGUCAUUAGAGGCCAUUACACGUCGACCUCGAAGUCUAUACCGGCCAGCUCGUGCCCGACUUCUGACGACUGUGAUCUCGCAGUCGUUGUGUGGGAAACUGGGCGUUCGCAAUACGGCGUUACACCGCGAAACGAAAGCCUUCAAAGAAUUGGUUAGAUAGCUGUUCGCGGGCGCCAUGCUGGCCACGGCGGCGCGCCUGCGCUGGGACCCCACGCUGUACGUGCCGGCGCGCGAGCUGUUCCCGCGGGAGUACCGCGCGGCGGCGGCGGCGCUGCCCGCGCUGGCCGGCGCGCUGCUGCUGCUGGCGCAGCUGCCGCCGCACGCCGCGCGCCGCCGCCGCGCGCUGCUGCUGCUGCACGGGGGCGGCCAGCUGGCGACGCUGGCGGCGUGGGCGGCGCUGGGCGGCUGGGCGUGGGCGCGCGGCGCGGCGUGGGCGCGGGGGCCGGCGGCGGGCGAGCUGCGGCGCGCGCUGGCGCUGCGCGAGGCGGCGCUGGCGCUGCUGGCGCAGCUGGCGCACUACCACCCGCUGCCGGACAAGCUGCGCGCGCUGGCGCUGGAGGCGCAGGCCGACGCGCCGCGCAACCUGCACGCGCUGGCGAGCUGCGCCGCGCUGCUGGCGGCGCUGCAGCUGCUGGCCGCCGCGCUGGCGCUGGCCGCCGCGCGCCCGCCGCCCGCCGCGCACGAGCUCUGCGACGCCGCCGCCGCCCAAAGGAGCGGGCCGCGCGGCCGGCGGCUGCGCGCGACAUACCGCGCCGGGCGCCUGGUGCCGGUGUCGUGACGAUGUCGUGUCGUGCCCGGUGUCGCCAUAGGGGCGUACGGCGCGGCCGGCGGCUGCGCGCGACAUACCGCGCCGGGCGCCUGGUGCCGUUGUCGUGACGAUGUCGUGUCGUGCCCGGUGUCGCCAUAGGGGCGUACGGCGCGGCCGGCGGCUGCGCGCGACAUACCGCGCCGGGCGCCUGGUGCCGGUGUCGUGACGAUGUCGUGUCGUGCCCGGUGUCCCACAGGGGCGUACAGCGCGGACGACAGCUGCACGCGACAUACCGCGCCGGGCGCCUGUUAAUGGUGUCGUGACGAUGACGUGUCGUGUCGACCUCGGACCGGGUGCCUUAUUCCUGAUCUCUAGACUGCUGAUUAUACUGAGACAAUAAUAAUAAAGUUUUUGCCUCUUCGACUGAUAGAGUAGUCUUUGUACGGGAGUCAGUGAACGUAUCACCUCGGAACCUAGUUGAAAGUGGAUGGACGGAUAAGAUGUUUUUUCUUUAUUUAAAUCCUUAUGUUAUACUGUAAUAAAAUGUUUACCCAUUAUAAAUUUUUGCGAUAUUUUUUUUUUAUUUUAGUUACAUAUGAGACGAAUAUCUUAGCAUUCCAUGGAUUAACCGUGCGGGUGCCGGGUCCAUCGCGUGGUAGAGAAAAACACCAAGCAAAGUCCAGGACUUGUGACUACUGGAUGUAGGGUUAAGGAAUUCCUUGACGAUCGAUCAACACUCCCCUUCCCUGCUCGUUUUGUUCUCCCUACCUAUCCAAAUUUGGUAAGAUCCUAUUAGAACAGCUUUGGAUACUUGUUUUAAUAUAGAACUAGCUGCACUUCCAGAAAGGCCAAGGUCUUUAAGCAAGUUAUAGAGAUUUUGCUGGUAAUCUUCUCGCACCUAUUUCUACAGCGUACAGACUAACUACAUAGCCAUUUUUAGUUAGUUUAUUUGUUAGGUCAUAAUAUUUAUUCACUUAAACUGUGGUCCUUCAGAAUGUUAGUCUUUCACGGCACAUUAAGCUCUAUAGUUGUUUGUUUGGACAAAAGGAAAAUGUCUGGUCUAGAUCUCGAAAUAGCGACAUCCGCUGGGAUUUUAUAAUGUUUCUCAUACGUAUCCAUUAUUAAAGUCCAAUCAGGUGCAGAACCUAAGAUUGAGUAAGGCUUACUAGAUGAUUUUGUUAUUGAACCUGCUUUGACAAAGUUAAUUAGUCUUUUAUUUGUAGUCAAUCCUUUUUGAGCUCUAGCUACUGAAAGGCUUAUAGCUUCACGUAUAAUUUGGAGUACUCUAUCAUGACGACGUGAGUGAAGACCCCUAUCCAGGAGCACCUUGCAUCGAACCAACAAGUGCCUUGCUGUUCCUAUUGCCUCACCACACGUAUAGCAAGAUUUUUCAGUGGCUUUCCCCCAUCGUACUAAGUUGCUCUGAUUUUACUAUGUCUUGGUCUCCUUUAUUCUUAUUUGUACCCAGCCCAGCUCUAUUAGUCUGUGCACCUGCCAUAAAUUGUUUAUGGAAUUGAAGCCUUGAAUUCAAUUCAGUGGCACACUCAUCUUUUGGGAGAGACGCUACUAAUUCGUCCUGAGACUUUGCCAGGACAUGCGUUUUGGUAACUCUAAGACGUUUGUAGUAGGGAAUUGAUUCACCCCGUAUUUCGAUAAUUACGUUUUCAUCGAAUCUCGACGUGUUGAAGCUUUUAAAGCUGUCUUGACUAUUUUAUGACCGUGUCUAUCUUAUUGUAGGAGUGUGUACCUAAUGUUGGAGAAUGUAAGCCUCUCUUAACUUGAGAACGGCUAAACCGAGUUGAACGAUAUAGGCGGUAUUUAAAAGGGCUUCACAAAAUCUACAUUAGGUACUUAUAACAUUUGAAUACAUUACAUUAAGAAAUGUCAUAGAGAAAAAGGAGAUCAUUCAUUUUGGGCCCGAAUCGCGGAAAGAAAUAUGUCCGAUAAUUGCCAAUUGGAAAUACUCAUCGUAUAGACUGAACCCUAGCGAACUAGUCAUAUUCUGCCCCAAGCGAAAAAUUACUCGAAAAAAUUAGCAGUGUGCGGCCGCAAGCGGUGCGCAGCGAGCGCCCGCCGCCGGCCGCCUCGCGGGUGUUGCACCCCAUGGCUCCCAGCACCUGGCCCUGCCCACCUGCCCUCGAGCUCUAGGGGUGGUCUAGGUGAUGCUGGUACUAUUAUGUACCUAUUCUGUGGUAUUAGGUGCUAGGUAGGUAUUUUAAAUACCUAAUCUUCGUUUUUCAGUUUAGUACUUUUGAUGCCUAAUUUGUAAGGAUAGGUAAGGUAGUCAAAUAACACGAAACGUGUAGUAUAAAAAUAUCACUUUAUUGUUCGGCAGUGAGUCGCGCGCUGGCACGGGCGCGUUAUUGUCUGUACUGUCCGCUGCGGAGCCGCUGCGGAGCCGCUGCGGAGCCGCGCCGGGACAACUACGACUAGCCUUAUCACGGUUAUCAUCUGUCGUAUAGAAUUAUCGAAAUUACAAGUAAUCAUAUCAAAUUUAGCGAUACAAAAACAAGUGGGUUAUCAACUA